GGUACUUCUGCAGCCCCUAUGUCCCCUCUUGGAAGCCAGCUGGCUAGGCCAGGUUUGCUUCCUACGCCUUAAUGGCUAAAAUAGCCAGGCUUUCCAGAGACCCGUUUCCCAUGCUCCACCCGCCACUGCAGUGUUCCUGGCCCCCCAGCAAGCCCUGUCGCUGCUCCAGCGGGUCCGGAGAGCCAACAGCGGCUUACUGGAGGAGCUAAGAAAGGGCAACCUGGAGCGGGAGUGCGUGGAGGAGCAGUGCAGCUAUGAGGAGGCCUUCGAGGCCCUGGAGUCGUCCAGCGCCACGCCAAAAUGGGGGACUAAAGCCGGGCUGCGGUGGCGAGGGAAGGGCAUAAUGUCUACUAACAGAAGCAGAGCUCUGCCGGGCUGGAGUCUCACCCGCAGCCCUUGCUUUGCAGGAGGUGUUCUGGGCCAAGUACAGAGUCUGCGAUUCAGCGAGGAAACAGCGGGAUACUUUCAUGGACUGUAUGGAAGGUCACUGUGCUAUGGACCUGGGCAUGAACUACCAUGGGACUGUGAGUGUCACCCACUCUGGUAUCGAGUGCCAGUUAUGGCGGAGCCGCUACCCACACAAGCCUGACAUCAACUCCACCACCCAUCCCGGGGCCGACCUGCAGGAGAAUUUCUGCCGCAAUCCAGAUAGCAGCACCAAGGGGCCCUGGUGCUACACCACAGACCCCACUGUGCGAAGAGAAGAAUGCAGUAUUCCCAUUUGUGGCCAGGAGGGCCGCACCACUGUGGAGAUGACUCCUCGUUCUGGAGGUUCCAAGGGCAAUCCGUCACCCCCACUGGAGCAGUGUGUUCCUGAGCGUGGCCGGCUGUACCAAGGGAACUUGGCUGUGACAACACUUGGGUCUCCUUGCCUAGCCUGGGCCAGCUUACCAGCCAAGGGCCUGAGCAAGUACCAAGACUUCGACCCGGAGGUGAAACUUGUGGAAAACUUCUGCCGCAACCCAGAUGGGGAUGAGGAGGGCGUGUGGUGCUACGUCGCCGGGCAGCCUGGCGACUUUGAGUACUGCAGCCUCAACUACUGCGAGGAGGCGGUGGAAGAGGAGAUCCACGACGUGGAGGAGUCCAUUGGAGGGCGCACCACCGACGGGGAGUUCCACACAUUCUUCGAUGAGAAUACCUUUGGCUUGGGGGAGGCAGACUGUGGCCUUCGGCCUCUGUUCGAGAAGAAGUCGCAGAAAGACAAAACGGAAAAGGAGCUUCUUGACUCUUACAUAGACGGGCGCAUCGUGGAGGGCUGGGAUGCUGAGAUGGGUAUCGCCCCCUGGUGCGUCCUGGACAGAUCUGCAGGCCGGCGGAAGGCCUGCCCCACCCACAGCCGCUGCAGGACCUGGCACUCACAAGCUGGUUCCACAAAUGACACUAGCACCCUCUACUUAUCCCCAAAGCCAUCUCAGCAAGUGAUGCUUUUCCGGAAGAGUCCCCAGGAGCUGCUGUGUGGGGCUAGUCUUAUCAGUGACCGGUGGGUCCUCACUGCUGCCCACUGCCUUCUGUACCCACCCUGGGACAAGAACUUCACCGAGAAUGACCUUCUGGUACGCAUUGGCAAGCAUUCUCGCACCAGGUAUGAGCGGAACAUUGAAAAGAUCUCCAUGCUAGAAAAGAUCUACAUUCACCCCAGAUACAACUGGCGGGAAAACCUGGACCGUGACAUUGCCCUGAUCAAACUCAAGAAGCCUGUGCCUUUCAGCGACUAUAUUCACCCUGUGUGCUUGCCAGACAAACAGACAGCAACCAGCUUGCUCCAGGCUGGGUAUAAAGGGCGGGUGACAGGCUGGGGCAAUCUUCGGGAGACAUGGACAACCAGCAUCAGCGAGAUACAGCCCAGCGUCCUGCAGGUAGUGAACCUGCCCAUUGUAGAACGGCCGGUGUGCAAGGCCUCUACCCGGAUACGCAUCACUGACAACAUGUUCUGUGCUGGUUUCAAGAUAAAUGACACCAAGAGAGGAGAUGCUUGUGAAGGUGACAGUGGGGGACCUUUUGUGAUGAAAAGCCCUUUUAACAACCGCUGGUAUCAAAUGGGCAUUGUCUCAUGGGGUGAAGGCUGUGACCGGAACGGGAAAUAUGGCUUCUACACACAUGUGUUCCGCCUGAAAAAGUGGAUACAGAAAGUCAUUGAACGAUUUGGAUAGAUGUGGGGGGAACAGGACACCCACAAUAUGGGACCUUCAUUGCAAAAAUCACAGAAACUAGUCAAAAGUAUUUUUGUGGUUUGUUUCUGUUCUCAAUAAAAGUGACAGUUAAAUUUCA